AAAUAGAUUUCAAAUACGCUUUCGAGCGUGCUCAUCCACACACGAAUUAUGUCGGGUUAAAGUGAAGAUUAACCAUUCCACUCACCUGUGCCAACUGAGAGAGAGAGAGAGAGAGAGAGAGAGAGAUACCGCUGUCUUACCACUUCCAUAUUCUCCUCCAAACCUAGUUGAAGCCAGUUGUAGCACAACCUUCAGUUAUCGACUAAUUCAAGAUGGGUACCAUUUCAACAAGAAGUUUGUGAAGGUCAAUUCGAAGCCAGCUGUUUGUGUAAGAUGCUCCUCAGCUAGCCAAGGAGCUUCAUCAUCGUCAUCAGGUGGAGAAGACUUUCCCCAACAACAUCAAGAAUCACAGGAUCAGCAGAACAAAGGAUUCUGGCAGAAAUGGAGGGAGAAUUCAGCGGAAAUGAGUUCGAAACUUGCGAAGCUCGGGCUCUCGGCUGUUCUGGCUUAUGGCUUGUUUGAUGGUGUGACUUACACUUCUUUAUUUGUUCUUGCAUUUCUUGGGUAUGAGAAAAGUACUGGCAAGAAUCCUGCUGCCAAUCUCCAAGCUCUUUUAGGGAUUGUCAUCCUCAUGUGGACCGGUAACAAUGUAACGAGACCGUUCAGAGUGGCGGGUGCAGCUGCAUUGGCACCUGUUAUUGACAAAGGAUUAAGAAGGAUCCAGAAGAAUUUCAACUUCCCUUCUCUUGUCUAUGCAUUUGCUCUUGUUGUAAGCAUAGUGGCUACAUCGUGUUUGACAAUUGUCGGCCUGUUUAUCCUCUCAAGAUGGGGAAAAUGAACUGGGAAUGUAACCUGUGGACCGUGUCGAACUUUUUACCCCUCCAAAAUGCAGAGGGGAUACCAUCCUAUAACUAUUGGCCGUUCUUGUUACAAUUGCACAUUUUCUAUCCAAAACUAACCAGCUAUGUAUCUCAUAAGGUUUUGAGUUAA